UGAGCAAAUUCUGCCCAGAUUUAUAUGUGUGAGACUCAAACUCUGUGUCUGAAAGAAAUUAAGCACUGAAAUUUUACCUCCACUGUAGAACUGAGGAUCUGAGACUGAAAUACAGAUGCAUGAUCAAACUGGCCCUAGCAAGAAGCAUUUUAAAAAAUACCUUCCCAAGCAACAAGUAGAAAAUACCACAAAACUGCACUUGCACUUUACAAUGGGUAAAGGGUACCUCAAGCGUACCUUGUACUUGGGUACCUCAAGGAAAGGGGUGAGCCUUUCUAGAGUUUACAAGGCACUAAUGUUUAUCUUUGUAAAUUUUUUUGUUUUGUUUUUAAUGUAUCUGAAGGUGCUUUUGAAAUAUUUUGGCUUUCUUUUGCAGAGUUUUGAGUGGGCAUUCAGUCUCACGGCCUCCACUCUUGGAUUCUUUACCUGCCUCUCCCUGAGUCUAGAGUCUGGAAUUAAGUGGUGUUUGUGCACAAGGGUGCUGGCAGUGGGGGUGGGGAACUUGUGUUUGAAGUUUUAUCUAAAGCAGAUCUUCUAUGGAUUGCUGGGUACCCCACUGGGGUGCAAUUAAAGUUAUACAUCCUGCUGUCUAAAGGCAGAAAGGAAGGAUGGAGGAAUGCUACUCCAUUCGAAGUUUAUUCACACUAGUUAACUGUGGCAUGCUGUCAAAACCUCCUCUCUUCACCCUUCAAGCAGAAAGUGGAAGAAUAGGGUUCUAGUGUAUGGCCGGGGCUUCUUCUGCUGUAUAGGUAUGGGAUGCUAGUGAUAACACUGGACAUGGACCUAAGAACUGAAUAGAACUUUCCAGCUACCUGCUUGAGACUUGCCCAAAAAAUCCUUGUGAUUUAGACUACAUCAUGGGUUUUCCCACCAGAGCAUCAGUUUAGCCCAUAACAAUGUAAGGGGGCAGGGAUGAUGCUUUUCCAUUCAACACAAAGCUUGACAGAGUAGAAUUUGAAGAACUUUAGAUGUCAGCAAUGUAACAGCAAAGAACAGUCUGGCAGUUAAAGCUGAGUUUUUCAAAAGUGACUUUUGGAUUUUGGUUUUGGGACCUUGAUCUGCCUUCAUCUGCUGUGCCUCAGCCUGAUUAUUCUCUGUACUGAGUGUCUAAAAUUCCUUCUGAUGGCAAUGGGUAUUGUAAAAGGUUUUACAGCUCUAUUAAAGCCCCUAAACAUCUUGUACUAGCCAGCCCAGAUGAGAGGGCAAAAAUAUUUUUUUUUCUUUGUUUAUCAGGUAAUUUUUGAUCUGAGAUCUGAUUCAACUAGGUGAAGGACCAGAAUCCAGCAGGCAAUUGAGGCUGAGGGAUAUGCAGCUGUGGUAAAGUGACAAGCCAGACCUCACACAGGACAGUAGCUCAACUGAAGAAAAUGACUGAUCGUCAUGAGUCUUUGCCCAGUGCUUCAUCAGACCCCUCUCCAGCAAAACCAGCUUUUUUUAGUAAAACUCCUUAACUUAACCCUAAUCCUACCAGCUUAGACACAAAGGACACUGACACUGACGAGGUUGGGACUCAGAGUACUGUGUCCUAGUCACAAAGAGAGGCAGAGACGCAGAGGGGACUGUCGGCUGGUGCAGGCAGAACCAAAAGAUAUUUAAUCAGCAAUUAGAAACACCUGAGGGCAAGGGAAAUUCUACUCCAGCCUCGAGCCUCAUCUCUCAGCCUGCAGCAUGCUGCUCGGCAGAAUGGCCACGGAGGAGCGGCACCUCUCCUCCAGCUGUGGGUCCUUCAUCAAGACCGAGCCCUCCAGCCCAUCUUCUGGCAUCGACGCCAUCAGCCACCACAGCCCAAGCGGCUCCUCCGACGCUAGCGGUGGCUACGGCAUCGCCAUGGGCGGCCACCCCAAUGGCCUAGACUCGCCACCCAUGUUCAAUGGCACGGGGAUCGGCGGCGGGUCCUGCCGUAAGCGUUACGACGACUGCGCCAGCGCCAUCAUGGAGGACUCACCCACCAAGUGCGAGUACAUGCUCAACGCAAUCCCCAAGCGGCUGUGCCUGGUGUGUGGGGACAUUGCUUCUGGGUACCACUACGGCGUGGCUUCCUGUGAGGCAUGUAAAGCCUUCUUCAAGAGGACUAUUCAAGGGAAUAUUGAAUACAGCUGCCCGGCCACCAAUGAGUGUGAGAUCACGAAACGGAGGCGCAAAUCCUGUCAGGCCUGUCGCUUCAUGAAAUGCCUCAAAGUGGGGAUGCUAAAAGAAGGUGUUCGUCUGGAUCGAGUCCGUGGAGGCCGUCAGAAAUACAAAAGGAGACUGGAUUCUGAGAGCAGCACUUACCUGAGCUUACAGAUCCCUCCCCCAGCUAAAAAGCCAUUGACUAAGAUCGUGUCCCACUUGCUGGUGGCUGAGCCAGAGAAGAUUUAUGCCAUGCCUGAUCCAACCAUGCCGGAGAGUGACAUCAAAGCCCUGACAACCCUCUGUGACCUGGCAGACAGGGAACUGGUGGUGAUCAUUGGCUGGGCAAAGCACAUCCCAGGGUUCUCCAACCUCUCCCUUGGAGACCAGAUGAGCCUUCUGCAGAGUGCCUGGAUGGAAAUUCUCAUCCUGGGCAUUGUGUACCGCUCCCUGCCAUAUGAGGACAAGCUGGUCUAUGCUGAGGAUUACAUAAUGGAUGAAGAGCACUCUCGCCUGACAGGGCUGCUGGAGCUCUACCUGGCCAUCCUACAACUGGUGCGCCGCUAUAAGAAGCUCAAAGUGGAAAAGGAGGAGUUUGUCACGCUCAAAGCUCUGGCCCUCGCCAACUCAGACUCCAUGCACAUAGAGGACAUGGAUGCAGUGCAGAAACUCCAGGACCUUCUCCACGAAGCCCUGCAGGACUACGAGCUGAGUCAGCGCAAUGAGGAGCCCCGGCGAGCAGGCAAGCUGCUCCUGACCUUGCCUCUCCUGCGGCAGACGGCUGCUAAAGCUGUGCAGCACUUCUACAGCAUCAAACUGCAGGGCAAGGUUCCCAUGCAUAAACUCUUCCUAGAAAUGCUAGAGGCAAAGGUCUGACAGCCCCAGCACCAGCUGACAGUGGCCGGGGAACAAACUAGAAACAAAGAUGCAGACAACGGAGCAAUCCAAACAGCAGCAGCAGCCACCGCCGGCUUUUAUCUCCAAUCAUUUAUUAUGGAAGAAUUAUUUAAUGUCUAUCUGUCGGCGUGACUGCAGAAUCUUGUGUACAGGAGGGGGGAAACUUUUAAUCAGUCACCUGUUUCUCUUUUUUUUUGUUGUUUUCUCUGUGGGAAAUACCAGAUUAUGCUCUUGCACUUGUUGAGGCAUCACUGGGGCUCAGCCCCUCUGAUCAGUGAUGCUCUCAGCGCUGUCCAGGCUGCCUGUUCCCCAGCUCCCUCGGCCAGUUCUGGAGGGGGAGUGGGGACAGAAGCAGGAAGAGAGGAAGAAUAGAGUCAAUAUAAACUUUAUCUGCUGGUGUUACGAGGGGUCAGUUAGAAAAGGAAGCAGCCACGGUCCUUCUUUUUGUCACCUUUCUGCCUCUUACUAUAGAGUAGAUGCUCCUUUGGAGAACAAUGCUGCUGGACCUCUCCUGAACAAACAGGCUGCCUCCCAGACUCCUCUAACACUUGUACAUACAGGCCCCACUUCUUACUGGGAAAGAUGCUCCUAACUGUGUAAGAUAUUCUGCGACCUUGUACAGUGUGUCAUUACGCCUGGCUAGUCCCUCCCAUGUACAAUCAAUCCCCGCAGGCCCCCGAAGAGGUAGGAUGUAUGUCCCUGAGAAAAUGCGAGUCGUUCCCAAAUGGCAAGAGAAAAGAGCCUGAUGUUAUGCUUCAGUGCUGGGUUGACUUGAUAAUCUCUGCAUCCUCUCCUAUGUGGUGCUAACUACAAUUCUUCCACACUUUUCACCCCAUAGUGUAUCACACCUGCCUCUUCAGCUCAGCUGAGUGCCAUUCCCCACCUGUUCCUUGUGGCAGAUAACACAAGGCUUUUUCUGCAUGGUUAUUGCCCAAGUAUAAAUACACCCCAAACCAGAUCUUUCCUAGACUUCAUUAGAGCUCUUUGGCUCCACAGAGACUUUAGGCUUAUUGCCAAAUUCUAGUUAGGAAUCAAGGGCACUGCUUUUCAGAGGAGGCAGCUCUAGAGCCUGAGAGAUUGCUUUCUUGUGGCAGCCUAGGGAAAUAAAUUAGAGGAUGGCAUGAAACCCCUGAUACUCCAACUACUGUCUUCCCCUGCCUCAUCCCAUUAUCCUCAACAGCAGGAAAAGAGCUAGCAUAGAUUAUACCUGGGGCUGGUAUGAGGUUCUCUUGCUGAUCAGAAAGCAAAUACCUGACCUUGAGGUGGCAGGAGAAGAACAGGGGGAAAUGUUUAUUUACUCCUCUUAUGUAACCAGGUUCCUUCUGUCUCCAAGCCCUGGUUUAGAUCUGCUGCCUAAGCCAUGACCGCUGCAUUCCCAGUAGCCAGAGGGGAAUGUAGGUGACUGACAAAACUGACUAUUGGUGUUCUCUGAAACUUUAUUUUCUAGGUCACUUAAUUUUAAGUCAUCCUGAGCUGAUGAAACCUGAGCGUAUUGUCUUCUUUUUGUGGUCAGCAGCAGAGGUGAGAAAAAACCUCUGAUCUACAUUUGAGACACUACUAACUAUUGCCUCUGUUCUCCACCCCUUCCUGGCUUCCCCAGGAGAAAGGUGGUGUGUCAGAGGAGUAGCUUGCCCUCAGGAGUAAGUCUUCCAACCCAGGGUUGAGGUGAGUGAUCAGAGACACUGGCUGCUUUUCUGCUGGAGCAGAAUGUGUCCCAGCAGGGCUGUCAGUACUGCAGGACCCUGUCUUGGCAGGCUCAGACACAGGGUGCUGGCAUGGUGACCUCUCAGCUCUCAUAGCCAGGCCACACCUUGUACUUAAGUUAGUUCUGUUCCAUCUCCUUUGAGUCUUCCUGUGCUACACAGCCACUCAUUUUGUACUCACUUGGUAAAGGAAUUGUCUUGCUUCAGGUAUUUUAAUAAACCACCAAGACCUAAGGGGCAGAAGGCACAGGGGAACUGGUACUCCUGUGCUCACAGCAGUAGCAAUUACACAGUGGCCUUGUGCUUCAAGCAGGUACCUGUGCUUCUCUCCCCCACACCCUCCCAGAAGAAGCUGGGGAGAAAAUGAGAGGCUUUUGGUUGCACUCAUGAUCCCUGUAUCCAUCUGUGACUGAGGGACCAAAGUGAAAUGCAUUACAGAGCCAGCUUGCCUUGUGCUGCACUCUGGCAACUCCUUCUGGCUGUGGUGUAAGUGCUUUCACAAAUGUGCUGGGUUGCAUUAUCAUCUGUAAGUCUGACUCACUUGACCACUGCUGCAAUGCUUCCCAGUCCCACCAGCUGAGCUGCAGCACUCUGUGUCCCAGCCUGCUGUGCAAAGGUAGCUGUCCCAAGUGGGUUGAAAAGAUCCUAAGAAGCAGUUCUUACUGUGUUGGGCCCUGCUGGAAAGGUCAUUUACUCACACACCAACACACCCACCAAAUAUCCUCAAAAAAAA